UUUGAUAGCAGGGGCCCUGUUUGUGAAACAGCCUGUCGGUAACAGUCAGCAAUGAUUAAGCAGUUCGGGACAUGACCGCUGAUGAUGGAGUUUGUGGGGAAAGUUAUUGUGUCGGCUGCUUUUGUGGUGAGCCUGGCUCUAAUUUACAGGUACUAUAAACUGCGAGCUGCCAAUGCCAGUCCAGGGCGAGUUGUGAAAGACUCAGGAGGCCGGGAGGUCACGGAAUCGGAUGAAAAGACCAGCAGGGACAAUGGGGAAGGACACCAGCCUUUGCUGAGUUUGCAAAGGGAGGAGAAUAUGGGAAACCCAACAAGGUACAGGAAUCAGUGCCUCAGUAAGGCGGAGAUAAAAAGGCUGAUGGUGGAAAGGAUGAAUCGUGGCUGUGAGCUGGGAACAGAGCACCUCCAGGACACAAGCAGCGCGAGAGGGGUGGUCAGAUCCCACAGGCUAAAGGUGAAGGUGAGACGCCUGGCUUUAUCCAGUCUGCUCAGAAACCACAUGGUCAGGAAAGGGGUUUCAGAGGGACAGGAUAAAGCUCCCAUUCCAACAGCCUCAGGCCAUGGGGACUGUAUCGACAACAGCUACACAGCUGAGGAAUAUGACCAUCCAAAUCUCAACAAUACAAGCUCAGAAUUAGCAAGGGCUAGCAGUCUAAGCUGUGAAGAUGAUACAACAGUCACCAAGCAGAAUUUGUUCAUAAAUACCAGCUCUCCGAUAUCUUGUAAUCAAAAACUAGGUGUUUCUGUCAACAGGGAGCCUCAGAAUCACAGCUCCUAUGAUGUUCUAAGCGCUGACAGCGACACACAAAAAAGAAAUCUCUCUGCGGAUCUUCCUGAGACGGCCCGUGAUCCUCUCAUUUUGCCUCCCUCUGAUCUGAUUAGUGAUACGCCAGGGAAUCCCAUGGCAAAUCCACCAACUGAACUCACCGAGAAUGAGAUGCUUAAGAGCGUCAUCUUCAGGCAGUGCGCAGCAGGGGGUUCAAGAGAACAAGAGAAUCCUUCUAGUGCCUGUAAGUUACACCCUGACAGCAGAAUUGGAAUAUCCAGUGCUCUAUAUGUUCCCUCUGCAUGUCAAGACAAACAUCAAAAAGUUAAAAUUCGCAAUGGAUCAGAAACUGAGCGAAAUGUUUCACAGUUAUGUGGGGAGUUGAAUCUAUCUGAUCACAAGAUCAUUUCAGCUUCAGAAAUGGCAACUGAUUGGAAAGCAUGCAGAGACAGAAGUAACAGUUGUUCUGCUGCUCAGAUUACAUUAGAUCCAGCUUCUCUUGAUGUAGACCACCUCAAGACAUCAGCUUCCCAGUGCCAGACAGGAGACCAGCUCAAUGUGUGCCCUGUCAGCUCAACUCGGGAUAAUACAAUGUUUUCUCAGAGCCUGACAAUCCAAACAAAAGUCGUUGAUUCCUCUGAAUUUGACUCCAGUCCUGAUCAUCCAGAGGCUUCUGGUAUUUCUUCUGAGGCACCUUGCUGUUCAACCAAGUCUGCCAUCACAAUGAUGAAGGAAGGAGGAAUAGUCCUCAGGAAAGACAGUAUUUCAGCAAUUGCAGAGACCCCAGCAUUUUUAAUUGAAUUUGACUCAGAGACAAGGGACUGCUCAGAGAAAGGUCACUCUAAUGAACUGAACUCUGGAGCUCCUUCUGUUGAUGACCUCAGUUCCAGUUCUUUGGGCUCACUGGUAGAUUCAUUGUAUUUGUCCCAACCAGACCUCAGCAAGGAAACAGCUGUGGAAGUUGUUGCUGGAGCCAAUUUUAUUCAUAUCCCUUUGAACAAUCAGUCAACUGUUGAAGUCAUGAAGUGCCGCUUGGCUUUGGAGAAUUGUUAUGAGAUUUUGUGUAUUGCAAAGAAACACAAUUUAAAGGACCUGCAGGACGCUACUUAUCAAGUCAUGAGUGACAAUUACUUACACGUUUUGAAAAACCCAAACAUUUAUGGUCAGUUAAAAGCCGAUGAGAGAGAAUUGAUCCUGCUGAGAAGGAUGUAUGGUAAAACAUACUUAAUGGUAGCCGAUGUAGAUGUUCAAGAGAAUUCUUGGGCUAAGACCAUAGUUCAACCCAACUUGGAAGAUCAAACCAGUGCCAGGCCACUGAAUCCUUCUCAAACCAAACACACACUUUACUAUUACAAGGAAGAGAAUGACUCUUGGUAUCCAUUAGUUAACAUGGCAAUUGAGUCAAUUUCCAAAGAUUGUGCAUUGUGCACCAUGUAUAAUUACCUUUUCAUUGUGGCUGGUUGUCAGGGAUCUGGCAAGGAAAUCAAACUAUCCAAUAAGGUAUUCUGCUACAAUCCGGUGACGAACAUUUGGAGUGAGAUAUGCCCACUCAAUCAGGCAAGGCCCAACUGUAAGCUUGUGGCUUUGGAUGGAUAUCUUUAUGCAAUUGGAGGAGAGUGUCUUUCCACAGUAGAGAGGUAUGAUCCUAGAACAGAUAGAUGGAUCUUCAUGGCACCGCUACCACAAGGAACCUUUUCCAUGACACACAAAGCUACCGUGUGCAAUGGUGAGAUUUACGUGACCAGGGGCACCUACUAUUACCAGCUUCUCAAGUACAAUGCUCGAGAAGAUACAUGGAAUGUCUGCACCAUGAUGAGUAGAAAGGACAAGACCACUGAUAUAGCAGCAGUCAAAAACUUCAUCUACAGAUUUGAGAUUAACCAACACCAUGGUAUCAGUGUGUACCAAUAUCACGUUAUCACCAAAACUGGUUAUGAAUGUGCUACCAAAAGACACAGCAAGCUAGCACCAUUUCACUGUGUUGUCAUGGGUGACACGAUUUAUUGCAUAAAUAAACAUUUCAUGAUGCAGUUUGUUACUCACGAAUUGUCACCCUAUUUCAGAGCAGAAGAUUACACUGCCCUUCCUGAAGCAAAGGGAAUCCUUUUUCCCUUUGUACUUACACUACCAGAAAAAGCCUCAUUCCAGACUCGAGUGUAAAUACUUACGGGGCACAGAGCCUAAACCUCUGCUCAAAAUCUUCACUUCAGAUGAAAGUAGGUUCUGAAGCUGCUUCAUAUUGCUUAAUGUUGGUGUAUUGGUAUGUCUGAUUCCCUUUCUCUCUCGUUCAAAGGAUGGCUGUCUCUGUGGAAGUCUCCAUCCGCCUGUUUGAUGAAAAUGCACUGCUUUUGUGGAUUUCUUUGCACUGCCCCUCGGAUUCAGCAAUAGGUUCACUAUUAGAUUACUUUAACAAAGUUGUUGAGAAUUGUCCCGAAUGUAUCCCCACUUCAGACUGAGCAUAAUGUGAUGCAGAAAACUAGACGAAUGUUCAUAAUGUCCAACACCACCAAUUUUUGGGAAGGAGACAAUUAUUGAUGAGGUCUAUCCAGAGCUCAGUGGGGGAAAGGAGUGAGUAACUAAGCUGUAUGUUCAAGGAAGACCGAUCCUCAGUCGGGUCACAAGCUUUGGGUGAACUGUCUUGUCAUUCCAACGGUUGAAUGCUGCAGGAAGUCAGACCCAGCUUCUCUUGCCUUAUCUAGUCCAAUAGCUCUUGGCUGCCCAGAGUCCGGGUUUAUACAUUGCUCUUUGGUCAGGCUGCAGGAAUACUCACCCAUAUUCAAGGUAAUGUGCCUCAAAGAAAGAAAAAUGUUUUCAGAAUAAACGCAAAGUAAAUUGAAGAUUUUUUACUGCAAUAAUCAAUCAGGGUGCUUUGUAGGAUGUUCACAGCUGACUCCACUAUGGGGAGAAGGUCAAACAUGUGAAUAAGGUCAUCCUUUCACAUCAGAAACUUCUACUGUUCCUCUACCACAGAGCUCCCUGGUUGGAUUAAAUCAAUGCAAAUGUACAGAAGAAUGAGAGAGAGAAAAAAACAAUUUAAAGUGUUUUCAGAGCAAUGCAGAAGAUAUCCUUGAACCUUAAAUGAUGACUACAGCUAAUUAUUUUCAGAGCCUCAUUCUGGCAAAAUGACUUUUUCUGGCUUAAUCACUAAGCUUGGGAAGGCUCUAUGUUUAAAGAGUAGGUUUAAAAUACCAUAUGUACGAAUAGGGAGGGGUUGAUCAGCUCAGUUCCUGUUCUGGCUGAGAUAGGGUGAGGAAGUCAGCCCUGAGUCUAUCUGUAGUUAAAAUCAUGGACCUUGCCAUGUUCCAGUGAAUAAUUCCCAAGGACCUUCAGUUUCUCUGAAUUAAGAUAGAAGCUGGACUUUCAACAACCUUAAAAAUUGGAAUAUAUUAAGCUAAAUAUCUCAAGAGUCCAAAUUCCACCUAUAAUGCCUACCAGAUGAAAGCAACUUACAAAUGGUUUCCUCAGCGCUCAGCUACUCUUACCAAGCCCAUGAACCAAGAGCCCAAUGCCAUAGCGUUCUUCAUUUGCUGGCACAGCAGCAUCACAAAACCAUUUGCACAUCAAUAUGAUGAAAUAAUUAUGGGUUGAAACUUGUGGGUAGAGCUUUUGCUCUACACUUAGGGUCACUCCUCUCCUGCUCACAAUCCCCUGCUCUCUUUAAGUAGCUGUAAAAGGAAUAUGAUCAAACUAAAUCAAACUCAGUUAGGUCUCUAGUCUCAGAAGUGGCAGUGACAGAUGGGUCAUCCUACACACUAUAUUUCCUUUGCAAAUCAGACUCAGAAUUGAAAGGUGUGAGGGAUGGUCAUCUUAUGUGUGUGCAUAUAAAUAUAUUAUUUACAUACACGGAGAGAAAAAGAGAGUGUUAGUCUUUUUCAGAAGGCCUUAUGGUGCAGUGGUAGCAUCCCUAUCUUUGUACCAGAAGCUUGUAUCAGCACUUGUUGGCCAUGGGAAGUACAUUUGUGACUUGGCCAAAUAGAUGAUUAUCAAACGGUAAAUCCAUCCAAUGUAUGUGCUGAAAGGCAGCAAAAGUGAGGGAGUUUCCUAGUCAGCCGUUCUGCAGAAGACAAUGGCAGACGUUUGCAGUACUUUGCUUAUAAUUGUGGACAAAUCCAAAGGAAAUCCAUGGUCCAAAUAUUGGAAAUGAGAACAGAAGAAACGACAAACAGAGAUCUGUCUUUGUCUUAUUGAGCAUAAAGAUGUUACAGUACAAGGAGAGCUAAUCUGCUCUGUUUAUUUUGAAUGUUUUAUAGAGUCAUACAGCAUGGAAACAAUCCCUUUGGUCCAACUCAU